GGGCCGGGGGUGGGUCCAUUUAAAGACCUCGGGACAAAAGCGGUCGCUGUCUGCUGCCCAGACAGGUGCAAGCCCAGCUGGGCUCGGUCCUCCUCGGCAGUGAGCCCAUCUCCUGGGGGAUGGGGUGGGCUGUUUCCUUGACAGACGUUUGAGAGGUUCCAGCCCCCAGCACAGCGGAGACCAUGGCCCCUCCUCAGGGCUCUCGGGCCCCGCUGGAAUUCGGAGGACCCUUGGGCGCCGCGGCGCUGAUGCUGCUGCUCCCGGUCACUAUGUUCCACCUGCUACUGGUGGCCCGCUCGGGCCCGGCGCGCCUCCUGGGCCCACCCCCCUACCUGCCGGGACUGGAGGAGCUGUGGAGCCCGUGGGCGCUGUUGCUCUGUCUCACCUGGCUCGGCCUGCAGGCGGCGCUCUACCUCUUGCCGGCGCGCAAGGUGGCUGAGGGGCAGGAAUUGAAGGACAAGAGUCGACUGCGCUACCCCAUUAACGGCUUCCAGGCCCUGGUGCUGACCGCGCUCUUGGUGGGCCUGGGGGUGUCAGCCGGGCUGCCCCUGAGCGCGCUCCCGGAAAUGCUCUUGCCCUUGGCAUUUGCGGCCACCCUCACCGCCUUCAUCUUCAGCCUCCUUCUGUAUCUGAAGGCUCUGCUAGCACCUGCCUCGGCCCUGGCACCUGGAGGGAACUCAGGCAAUCUCAUUUACGACUUUUUCCUGGGACGGGAGCUCAACCCACGCAUCUGUUCCUUUGACUUCAAAUAUUUCUGCGAACUUCGGCCUGGCCUCAUCGGCUGGGUCCUCAUCAACCUGGCGUUGCUGAUGCAGGAAGCAGAACUUCGGGGGAGUCCCUCGCUGGCCAUGUGGCUGGUCAAUGGCUUCCAGCUACUGUAUGUGGGUGAUGCCCUUUGGUACGAGGAGGCAGUCCUGACCACCAUGGACAUCAUCCAUGACGGGUUUGGCUUCAUGCUGGCCUUUGGGGACCUCGCCUGGGUACCCUUCACCUACAGCCUGCAGGCCCAGUUCCUGCUGUAUCACCCACAGCCUCUGGAGUGGCCCCUGGCCUCAUUCAUCUGCCUCAUCAAUGCUGUUGGUUACUACAUCUUCCGUGGAGCCAAUUCUCAGAAAAACACCUUCCGAAAGAAUCCUUCUGAUCCCAGAGUGGCUGACCUUGAGACCAUCUCUACAGCCACAGGGCGACGGCUGCUGGUGUCCGGGUGGUGGGGUAUGGUCCGCCAUCCCAACUACCUUGGAGACCUCAUCAUGGCUCUGGCCUGGUCCUUGCCUUGUGGGGUGUUCCACCUGUUGCCCUACUUCUACUUCAUCUACUUCACCGCGCUGCUGGUGCACCGUGAGGACCGGGAUGAGAGGCAGUGUCGGCAGAAGUACGGCCUGGCCUGGCACGAGUACUGCCGGCGUGUGCCCUACCGAAUCGUGCCCUACGUCUACUGAAGCAGCGCCAGACACCCCAGGCUGCCGGCACACUGGGCACCAGGAGCCUGGACGCACCCUGGACACAAGGGCCUGUACCCUACCCUGCCCUGAGCUCCAAAACACUGGGAUGAACAGCCUGAUAGGUGGCUGGAGCAAGGGGGAAAUGAAGCCAGUGCUCCAAAAUGGAGUGCCUGUGUAGGCGGGUGUGUGUUGCUCUUCCUCCUUAGAUAAACAGCUGGAAUCCUU